CGGAGCAGUGGGCAUCUUUCCCCGACCGCACCCGAUACGACAAGUCGUAAAAGUCCCGACCGGUCGCCUCCUCAUGGACGCUCCCUUCGCCGCCAGGCGUCCGGCGCCGUCAGUUUGCACCGCCGCUUCGGAGCCCAACUUCGCUCCCUCUCAGUCCGUCGCCGCCGCCGUAUUUAGGCUUCUAUGCCCAGCAACUAAGGCUGGCGGCGUCGUUUCGGGCUCGCGCGACCUCGCCGGCGCGAAAGUUCGCGUCCUUGAAGAGCCUCCGUCAGCUUCCUCGCGCGACGAUCGAGUGGUUCUCAUAUCCUCCACCGAAUGCACCACCGCCAGUACGAACCUAGCUGAACCUGAAGGCAGACACAAUCCGGCUCCGGGUUCUGAAUUGGGCGGAGGUUUCAGCGCGCGUGCGAAUGUGGGCGAGCGCGUGGAGCUGUCCCCAGCUCAGCGAGCUUUAGUUAGGGCUUUUGAGAAGAUAGUUUUGGUGGAACGAAAUAAGGUGGAUGAUGGGGCAUCGAGUGAUCCGAACCACAAUUCGAGCCCUCAUGAGAGUGGAAGUGGCAGGGGUUUUGUGGCGUGUAGGAUGUUGGCGCGGAGUGAUCAGGUGGAUCGUCAAGUUCUUGAGAGAAUUGAGAGCAUUAGGCACGAGAGUGGGGCUUCCGUCACUGUAUUGCCCUUGGAUCAUCCAUCCUUUGCUUCUUCCAGGGAUGAAUUGAUAGAGAUUACAGGAAAUUUCUCAGCUGUGAAGAAAGCACUCCUAUCUGUUUCAAGCUGUCUUCAGGAAAACCCUAGGGCUGAUUUAGCCAACUCAGGUGCCACAACCGCUAAAGUUUCCGGAGGUUUGCCUUCUUCAACAUCUUCUCAUAUGGAUCCUUUUCCUAAAGAGGGCCAUCCAUUUGGGCGACAUGCCGCUGAUCAUCUAUCCAUGGGUUACCCUCCUUUUUCUGGGCCUGAGGUCAUCGGAGCCAACCGUAGGAUGGUGGUGGAAGAGGAGGUUGUAUUUAAGCUGCUAUGCCAGCGAGAAAAAGUAGGCAGCGUGAUUGGUAAAGGUGGCUCUGUAGUUCGUGCCAUGCAAAAUGAGACUGGUGCUUUUAUCAAAGUUGCUGAUGGUUCGCCUGAUUCAGAUGAGAAAGUCAUUAUAAUUUCUGCACGAGAGAACUCGGAGCAAAUACGUUCUGCUGCACAGGAUGCUGUCAUGCGCGUGCAUCACAAAAUCACAGAGAUUGGAUUUGAACCUGGAGUUGCAGUUAUUGCUAGGCUUCUUGUGCCUUCUCAGCAGAUAGGUUUCUUGGUAGGCAAAGGAGGUUUUUUCAUCAAUGAAUUGAAGAGGGCUACUGGUGCUGGUAUACGAGUUUUUGUGAGAGAACAUUCUCCGAAGUUUGACUCACACUAUCAUGAUGUUGUGCAGGUCGUGGGAAACUUGCAUGCUGUACAGGAUGCUCUGUUUCAUAUAACUGGCAGAAUUCGUGAGACCAUAUUCUCAAUGAAAUCCCCGCGUUCAAACUUUGCUGCCCCACCACACUUGCCUCCCUUCAAUGAAAUGCCACCCCCAUUUUCCAGGCCGAGGCAUAACCCCCAGUCUCCAGGCCGCUACCCACAUUCUCCAGGCCGUUAUCCACACCCUCAUGGAAUGGACCGUCCUAUCCCUGGCCCGCCACCCUUUGAUUUACAGCCUCCAUUUCCUCAUGGAGUGGACCGGAGCUUUCCGCCUAGAGAGCAUAUUCCGCAUCCUUAUGGGGGUGACAGACCAGCUUAUGGACCUCCAUUUGACAGACCACCUUCACCAAGAAUGUGGACUCCACAAGGUUUCAGUGGCAGUCAUCCUAGGGGAAUGCCUGAAUUUGGUUCUGGUAGGCCUCCAGGAAGUUGGCCUUUUGGAAGUGGAAAUCCAGGCCCCAUGUUGACGAGCACAUCGGUUGAGAUUGUGAUCCCGCAGAAUUUGUUAGGGCAUGUACAUGGAGAGGAUGAUAGCAAUCUGAAUCAGAUCAGACAGAUUUCAGGUGCGAUGGUGGACAUUCAUGAUCAAAAGCAAGGGGCUUCUGAAGGCGUUGUAGUGGUGUCCGGAACAGGUGACCAAGUCCGAGCUGCUCAGAGCCUAGUCCAUGCUUUCAUUUUAUGCGGACAGACAUCCUGACCCUGUUCAGGUCUAGUCUGGCGAAAGCCAAUAAUACAUGGGGAAAUGUCUCUAAAAUGGAGCAGUUGCGAACCUCAAGCAAAUUGUAUAUACUGUUCAGUUUGGGAUUGUUGUCAUUGAGUGUGUCUGCUGUUCUUGAUGGAGAUGGCUAGUCUGUUUCUUAGUUUAUCCAUAUUGCAAAAGAUUUGAAGAGGAAGAGGUAUCUCUGUUCGUUGAUGUAAAUGACGGCCGGGACAUUUGGUUGUCGAGAUCAUAUUCUAUCUGGUAACCCGGUUCCUUGCUCGAGUAUAAAUUUUUCUCUUUACCCCGGCUCUGUGCUUCGUUCCAUUUCACUGGAGGAACAAAAGCGAUGCAAAGUGCUUAGGAGAUCCGAGGGUCGGUAUGGGAUUGGUCAAAGCGGACAAAUCCCAUAGAGAGUGCUCGUACAUCUACGACGCUGGCUUCCUAAGUCCACUAUCCUAAAGUUCCACCGAGAGUGCGCAGAAUGGGAUGCACCAGUGGUUGGAUUGCCGUCCACUUCAAGGCUAGAAAAUCGGCCCAACCACAAUUUGUUUGACCAGCAUGAGUCGGGACAUAUCGGUGGACCUUGACUCGGACUUGGCUCUUCGCAGAAACUUCAUUGUCAAAGUCGUCGUUCUCUUCAGAAAAUCAUAAUUACUACCCAUCACAAACGUGUCAAAUAAAAGCUCUCCCUUCAAA